GCUCGUCAUAUCCUGGUCAAGCACGAGGAAUCCCGUCGUUGCAGCAGCUGGAAAGACGAGGAGGGCAAGAACAUCCGUGCUCGCUCCAAGGUUCAGGCCACCGAGAUGCUCACCAAGUUUCGCGAACAGAUCGUGUCUGGUGAGAAGAAGUUUGAGGAAAUUGCGGCCGUCGAGUCGGAUUGCGGAUCGGCAGCACAAGGCGGCGACAUUGGUACCUUCACGGCAGAGGAAAUCCAGAAACCUUUUUUUGACGCCGUUGCUGGUCUGGAGGUGAACGAAAUCUCACAGGUUGUGCACACGGACUCGGGCUCCCACAUCAUCCAGCGCCUGCCCUGA